AGGGAGGCUCUGGUCUGGUCUAAGCGGAGCGGAGCAUCGCUGCGGAGACAAAGAGGGGGGAGGCAGACUCGCUUUCUUUCUUCGUGUGGGGGAGGAGAGGGGGGAGGAUUAGACCGGCUACACGCACAUCUCAUGCUAACACACACACACACACACACACACACACACACACACACACACAACACACGGACACACAACAACACGGCGGCGAAGCGGAGCAUCAUCUGGACCAGCAGCAUCAGGACCAGGACCGGCAUCAGCAUCAGGACCAGGACCAGGACCGGCGGCAGGACCGGGACCAGGACCGAGACCAGGACCGGGACCAGGACCGGCACCGGAGGAGACAAAGAGACAGACAGACAGGCAGACAGACAGACAGACAGGCCUUCUCUCUCCGUCAUGGCCGACCACAUGUUCCGCUGCUUGUGUGUCUGAGUGUGUGUGUGUGUGUGCUGCUGGUGGGUGUGUUCGCUGUGUGUGUGUCCGUGUGUGUCGGCGUGUGUGUCCGCCUGCGUGCGAUGGGGAACGCGGAGAGCAUGGAGAGCCAGCUGGCCGUGAUCCGGUCCAGAGCCGCCCCGGUCCGACUCCCGAUGCCCGACCCGGCGGAGCUGGAAGAGAGGUUCUCCAUAGCGCUGAACUCCAUGAACCUGCCUCCUGAUAAGGUGCGUCUGCUGCGUUCCUAUGACAAUGAGAAGAAGUGGGAGCUGAUCUGUGACCAGGAGAGGUUCCAGGUGAAGAAUCCUCCUCACACCUACAUCCAGAAGCUGAGAGGGUUCCUGGACCCGGCCGUGACCCGCAAGAAGUUCAGACGGAGAGUUCAGGAGUCGACUCAGAUGCUCAGAGAGUUGGAGAUUUCUCUUCGCACAAACCACAUUGGGUGGGUCAGGGAGUUCCUGAACGAGGAGAACCGAGGUCUGGAUGUUCUGGUGGAGUAUUUGUCGUUCGCUCAGUACGCCGUCACGUUCGAUGGGGAGCAGUUGGACGCUGGAACAGAGGUGUCGUCCAUCGACUCCCCCUGGAGCCGCUCCAUAGAGGAUCUCCAUGGCGACUGCAGCCUCCCCUCCCCGUCCUCCUCAGCACCGCGAGCAGCUCGACACUCCAUCAGCUCCACUCUGGUGACUCGAUCCAACACGCUGCCGAGUCGCCGCACGCUGAAGAACUCGAGACUCGUCUGCAAGAAGGAUGACGUCCACGUCUGCGUCAUGUGUCUGAGAGCCAUCAUGAACUACCAGUAUGGAUUCAACAUGGUGAUGUCUCAUCCACACGCCGUCAACGAGAUCGCUCUGAGCCUCAACAACCGCAAUCCCAGGACGAAGGCUCUGGUCUUGGAGUUGUUGGCGGCCGUUUGUUUGGUCAGAGGAGGACAUGAGAUCAUCCUGUCAGCCUUCGACCACUUUAAAACUGUGUGUUCUGAGUCGAUGCGUUUUGAAAAGCUGAUGGAACAUUUUAAGAACGAAGACGACAACAUUGACUUCUUGGUGGCCUGCAUGCAGUUCAUCAACAUCGUGGUGCACUCUGUGGAGGACAUGAACUUCAGAGUCCACCUGCAGUACGACUUCACCAAACUCAACCUGGACGACCACCUGGAGCGGUUGAAGCACACAGAGAGCGACAGGCUGCAGGUCCAGAUCCAGGCUUACCUGGACAACGUGUUUGACGUUGGGACGCUCCUGGAGGACGCCGAGACCAAAACUGCUGCUCUGGAGAGAGUGGAGGAACUGGAGGAGAACCUGGGGACGAUGUCCGAGCGUCUCCUGGAUGUGGAGAACGAAGCGAUGCUGAAGAUCGUGGAGCUGGAGAAGCAGCUGAUGCAGACCAACAAGGAGCUAGACCAGAUGCGGGAUGUGUACGCGAGCGCCAACUCUCAGGUGCACACCCUGAGGCGGAUGGUCCGGGAGAAGGACCAGACGAUCCGACGCCAGAGCCGCCUGGAGCGUCAGGCCCAGGAGGCCCAGCAGGCCGGAGGUCCUGGAGCCCCUCAGCCCCAGAGAGGGGAGGGGGACGGGGGCGUGGCCGACUCCGCCUCCCCCUCACCUCCACCCUGCCCCACCCUGUCCCCCAGCCCAGAGACGGUAGCCUAUCACAGCAUGGGACCGGGGAUGGGCGGAGCUCCAGACAUGCCCCCCCCGCCCCCCCCCCCUCCUCCUCCACCAAUGCCAGGCUCAGUGUCCAACGGGCCUUACCCCGCCCCUCCCCCCCCGGGUCCCCCUCCCCCCCCUCCUCCCCCUCCCCCCCCCUGUCGGACCAGUGAGCUCUCCUCCGUCCCCCUGCCCCCCCCUCCUCCCCCCGUGGCCCCGCCCCUCCCGGGGUCGGGGGGGUCGCCGACGGUGAUCUUCACCUCCGGACUGGCAGAGGGUCCACUCAAGCUGUUCUCCGUGAAGAUCAAGAAGCCGAUCCAGACCAAGUUCAGGAUGCCGGUGCUGAACUGGGUCGCUCUGAAGCCCAGUCAGAUCAACGGAACCGUCUUCAACGACAUCGACGACGAAUCCAUCCUGCAGGACCUGGACGUGGAGGAGUUUGAGGAGAUGUUUAAGACGAAGGCUCAGGGUCCGGCUGUGGACCUGACUCUGUCCAGACAGAAGCUUCCUCAGAAAGCUCCGUCCAAAGUGUCUCUGCUGGAGGCCAACAGGGCCAAGAACCUGGCCAUCACCCUGAGGAAAGCCGGCCAGGGGUCAGAGGUCAUCUGCCGCGCCAUUCACACGUUCGACCUCCGGACGGUCCGGGUCGACUUCGUAGAGUGUCUGAUGCGUUUCCUGCCGACGGACUCCGAGGUGAAGCUGCUGCGGCAGUACGAGAGAGACAGGAAACCUCUGGAGGCUCUGAGUGACGAGGACCGAUUCAUGCUGCAGUUCAGCCGCAUAGAGAGGCUCAGCCAGCGCAUGAACAUCAUGACCUUCAUGGGCAACUUCACCGACAACGUCCAGAUGUUAACCCCGCAACUCCACGCCAUCAUCGCUGCUUCAGUUUCUAUAAAAUCAUCUCAGAAGCUCAAGAAGAUCCUGGAGAUCAUCUUGGCUCUGGGAAACUACAUGAACAGCAGCAAGCGAGGAGCCGUGUACGGAUUCAAACUGCAGAGUUUAGACCUGCUCCUGGAGACCAAGUCGACUGACAGGAAGCAGACGUUGCUUCAUUACAUCGCCAACGUUGUCAGAGAGAAAUAUUCCUCUGUGUCUCUGUUCUACAACGAGCUGCACUACGUGGACAAGGCUGCUGCAGUGAGUCUGGAGAACGUGCUGUGUGAUGUGAAGGAGCUGCAGCGAGGGAUGGAGCUCACCUGGAGAGAGUUCAGUGUGUCACACAAUGCCACGCUCAAAGACUUCAUCAGCAGAAACGAAUCACGGCUCAGCAAGCUACAGGAAGACGCCCGCAUCGCUCAGGACGCCUUCGAGGACGCGGUGAAGUUUUUCGGAGAGAGUUCCAAGACAAUGCCGCCGUCUGUCUUCUUCCCCAUCUUUGUCCGGUUCAUCAAAGCCUACAGGCUGGCGGAGGAGGAGAACGAGCAGCGCCGGCGUCAGGAGCAGAUGUUGCUGGAGAAGCUGGAGCAGGAGGAGCAGCUGCAGGAGGAAGAGGAGACCAAGUCUCCGUCCCACAGGGGGAAGCGGCAGCAGCAGGAGCUGAUCACGGAGCUCCGACGGCGGCAAGGAAAGGACAGCCGGCACGUUUACGAAGGGAAGGACGGCGCCAUCGAGGACAUCAUCACAGCUCUGAAGACCGUCCCCUUCACGGCUCGGUCGGCCAAACGCAGCUCGCGCUUCUUCUGUGACCCCGCCCACUCCGAGGAGCACUACUGAUGACGUCACGGAGAGCGGGAGGAGGCCACGCCCACUUCUAAUCGAUGGGACCAAUUAGCACUUUCUGAUGAUCGAUGUGAACUGAUGACAUCAUGUUUUCUCUGUUAUUCUAUUGGUCAGUUGGUGCACAGACCAGGCGCCCAGACGCCAGCAGACCUCGGGGCCCCGGGUCAGAACUUCUCCCUCCGUCCAAACCACGUAAAGUGUCUUAGCUGAGAACCGAAGUUCUGAAGCGGAACAUCUGGAGCUUUUGACCAGACCACAUGAUCUUCCUCGGCACUCGGAGGCGCCGAUUGUUGUCGACUUCCUGGUGUUCAGGUUUCCAGUUUUCAGAGCACUUUAAAGAAAUAGAAGUUCAUCGUUAAAUGAAAGAAAGGGGAACGAGAACACCUCCAGCUGGAACACAACCGGACCUCUGAGGAACACCAUGUGGUCCAUGGUCAAAAGCCCGGGUUCCUCAAAACUCCUGAAAUAAUAGAAAUAAUCCAACCAGUAAAUUAAGGAAAGCUGUGAAGAGAACCUUCAGACAUCACGGUGCUAAAACCCCUGACGUUCCUCACAGCGCUCCAAAUCGUGCCUCGUUUUUAAAGCCCCACCACUGGUGGCGCCGUAGAGCAGCAUCCCCAUAAGUCGGGUUCUGGUGUUCUAUGUCGGACCAGAACCCGGACGCGCCUUUUUAAACCACAUGAGGGCUAACAGUGGCUAAACAUCGGCUUCAGAGUCCUGGUUCUGGGUCAGCAGGUCUGUGGUUCUCUUGUUGUUCUGGGUUCCUUUGGUCUGUGUCUUUAACUGGAUCUUGUACAGGGUUCUACUCCUUUCACUACAUUGUGUUCUACUGUGUUCUACUGUAUUUAUUCGCCUUAUGGAGCCAGGAUACACAGAGUCUGGCAGUUUACAAACCAGGAACAGUGUUAGCACAAAGCAUUCAGAUUCACGGAACCUUGUCUGACCGACGGAACCACGUCUGACCGACGGAACCUCGUCUGACCGACAGAACCUCGUCUGACAGACAGAACCUCAUCCGACAGACCAUGUCCAGCUGACGAAUUAAUGUACAACUGACAGAACCAAGUCCUACUUAUGGAACCAAGCCCCAGUGACGGAACCAUGUCUUACUGACAGAACCAUAUGCGACCGACUGAAACAUAUCUAACAGAACUGCAUCCGACUGACGAAACAAAGGCAGACUGAUGGAACCAUGUCCUACUGAUGGAACCAAAUCCUAUUGACAGAACCACGUGCGACUGAUAGAACCAAGUCUUACUGAUGGAACCAUGUGCGACUUAUGGAAACAUAUCUGACUAACAGAGCUGUAUCUGAUUAAAAGAAGAAAGACUGACGGAACCAAAUCCUACAAACAGAACCACUGGCGACUGAUGGAACCAUGGGCAACUGAUAGAACUGUGCCAGACUAACAAAACACUGACAGACUGACAAAAUCACAUGUGACUGACGGAACCACAUCAGCCUGUUCUUAGAGCCAAACUCUGUAUAUCUGUGACUCUCAGUCCCUUCAGAACGUCUCUGCACCCGUCAGCAGCAGAACCACACGAGCAGAAACCUACAAACUGACGACGAGACGCUUCAGCAAACAGAACGUCGGGUUCGCCAUCACUGUGUUUGGAAGGCUGAAGGCCAGAGCUGCAGUUUGAGGUGUCACAUUGAGGGGGCGCUGUGUGGACCAUGAGGUGGGUCUGCUGGUGAGGCUCUGGACUCACCUGUAAAAACACCUGGAGGACAGAGCCGUGGAGCUGUCCGGUCCGAGCGGUCGACACCACCCUCCCUGUCCUGAAACCCCAACCCUCACCCCUUAUUUUAAAUGGAAACAAGAGAAGAAUCAGCAGCACAAAGUUUUCUACGUGUACAGAUGUUUUCUAGGAAGCCGUGUAGCCAUGCUCGUCCUGUCUGGUGUUUGUUGGUUGUUGGUGGUGAUUCUGCACUUGGUGUGUAAAUAAAGCGCACCCUGUCGA